CAAGGAAGUUAUAAAACUUAAUUUUAAAAUGGCCGUAGACGGGCGUAAAUUUAACCCAACUUUGUAUCAUGGAUCAGACAUAGAACAUGAUUUUCCGUGUUUACCUUGUACUAAAGAAGGGAAGAAUGUAGCCGCUAUCAAACACUGUGUGGAAUGUGAUGAAAACCUUUGUCAUAAAUGUGUGGGUGAUCACAAUAAAUUUUCAGCAAUGAGAGGUCAUCAGUUACUUGACACAGUGAAACAACCGAGUGGGAAAAAGCAAGAAUUACCAAGUCAAAAAUGUGAAAAACAUGGAGGAAAAUUGAUAGAUGUAUACUGCCCUGGUCAUGAUAAGGUUGGCUGCUCAACUUGUAUGACUGUUGAACACAGAAGCUGUAAAGACAUUACCUUCAUACCAGACUUAGCGUGUAAGACUGACACCACUCAGGCACUAAAGCUCCUCGAAACCGACAUAAACACACUUGAAUCCCGCUUCAUGGCGUUAAAACAAAAGAAAGUGAAGGAACUAGAUAAUGCAAAGAAAGAAAAAAGGCAAUUGAUUCAAGAAAUAAAAUCAGAAAACGAAAGAAAUAUUAACGACCGUCUAGACAAAUGGGGAAAUUUGGAACUUCUUCAAGAAGUGGAUGCAACAUUUCACGUUUUGAAACUGCAUGCAAUAGAGUCAAAAACUGAAGAAGUUGAUGCCACGGAUCGUUUUUACUACAAGACCGGUCUACAAUUAGAAGAGACAAUGGAGUUACAGCAGUCAUUCGGAGUAGGUGAUAGAUGUCGUUGUAUUGCUUACAAUGACGGGAUGAUCUAUGUUUGUUGUGGCGGAUUAGAGAAACGUAAAGAAGGUGUUGGUCAUCUUGAGGUAUAUUCAUUUACAGGAACAUUGCUUAAAUCAUACUAUGGUGAGAUUAAACAUCCUUUAAGUGUAGCAUUUCUACGCUCUUUCAAGUGGAGAAUGUUUGGUGACUGA